AUGCCUCCUCGUCGGAAAUCAACAGAUCAGCACGAGCUAGUCGAACGCCCUUCUCGAAAACGGCCACUCCCUGCCGACGACCCCUACGAAAUUCCCGAUGAGGAUGAUGCGAUUCCCUCUGCAAAGCGUCAACGGCGACAGUCACAAGAUGGAGGCACACCUUCGAAGGGAAACGCUACCCCGCGGAAACAAGCCGAUUUCCUCCACAGCGAUCUAGCCUCUGUGCCAGAAGAACCCGAGUCACUGACCGAGCAGACACCCAGCAAGAAAAGACUAGGGCGGCCACCGAAGGCCUUAAUAGGAGGAACACCAAGGGGCAAGCCGAGUACCCCAUCGGCCCUACGCAACAGCCUAGUUGACGACACACCACUCAAACUCCGGGGACUCAAUGGUGUCGACACACCCAGCAGGCGAGGAAUCGCCGACCGAUCGGCUAGAAGGAAGAGCGCCAGGGCCUUGAUCGACCGAGUGCUGGAGGGCGCUGUGAGCGACGACGAGGAUGAGGAGCAACAAAUCGCACGAGAGAUCUACGAGUCAAGCGAGGAAGAAGAAGACGAGGAAAACACCCAACAACAAGAAAACCUCGCUGACGAAGAGGCCGACCUAGCCGCAACAACUCCAUCCAAAACAGGGAGAGGGAGAGGAGGAGGAAGAAGGAGAGGACGAGGAGGCCGACCUCCCGGCUCAGCAACAGCACGACGAAAGAAAUCACCCACGCCACCACGAGAUCUUCCCCCUCACGAGCAAUAUUUCUACCAGAAUAAGCCGGGAUCGAACAAGACGUCCAACAACACGCUCUCCUCGCUCGACCUGCUCACGCACGAAGAAUAUUUCUCCCUCCUCCGCGACGAACCCGGCCUCCAGAAAGACCCGCACGAAGAACAAAUCCAAACUCUCCAGUCUCACCACAUCGCCUCUUUUCCACAAUGGGCGUUUGAGCUCUCCCAAGGCUUCAGCGUCUGCCUGUAUGGCUACGGCUCCAAGCGUCGACUGCUGCACCAAUUCGCCGAGUACCUUUCCUCCUCUUUUUCCUCUUCAUCUUCGGAAGAACAAAACAACAAAAUCAUCAUAAUAAAUGGCCACCACCGCACCCUCACCAUCCGCGAGAUCCUCACUACCAUCGCCCUCGCCGUGGGUGGUCCCACCUUCCGCCUUCCCUCGGGUAACCCGCUGGCCAUGAUCCAAAACCUCUUUUCCCUCUUAUCCUCCUCCUCCUCCUCUUCUUCCCCAACCCCUCCCUCUGGUAGCCCAAAAAUAACCCUCCUCUUCUCCUCGCUUGACUCCCCCCUCUCCCCCACCCUCCGCAAACCCGCUACCCAAUCCCUCCUAGCCCACCUCUCCUCCCACCCGCUCAUUUCCCUAGCUUGCACAGUCGACACCCCCGAUUUCCCUCUGCUUUGGGACUCGAGCCUGCGCUCCUCUUUCAACUUUGCUUUCCACGAUUGCACCACUUUUGCGCCCUUUUCCGGACCAGUCGGGCCAGUUGGCUCAGAGACAAAGACAGACGAGAUGGACGUGAUAUCCGAAGUGCACGAGUUACUGGGUAGAAUGGGCAAGCGAGCAGGCGGCAAAGAGGGCGUGGCGUUUGUGUUGCGGAGUUUGCCCGAGAACGCGAGGAAGUUAUUUGGGUUGAUUGUGGGUGAGGUUUUGGUUGCCUUUGAAGAAGGUGGUGGUUCUGCUGGGGAAUUCGGUGGGGGCGAAAGCCCAGGGGUAGAGUAUAGGAUGCUUUAUAACAAGGCUGUGGAGGAGUUUAUUUGCAGUUCGGAGAUGGCGUUUAGGACGCUGCUUAAGGAAUUUCAUGAUCAUCAAAUCAUUACUAGUCACAAGGACUCGAUAGGGACGGAGUAUCUGAGCUUACCCUUUAGGAAAGAGGAGCUUGAGUCCAUCUUGGAGGAGUUGAUGUCAUAG